AUGGCCAACCAUAGACAUUUUUCUGCAGUACUCAAUGUACUGAAAGCCACCGUUGUGCUACUGCUACAAUGUACAAAAAUCCGUUCUGUAGUCGGAGUUUCUCUAGCAACGCAAACAGCAGGAAGGUGGAAUCUUCUUUUGAAUAACACUGGCGUGAUAGCCAUGCACAUGGCUUUAACACACUACGACACUGUUGUUAUAUUUGAUCAAACUAGUGCUGGGCCGUCUGGAUAUCGACUCCGACGACGAUUUGGGGGAAAAUUAUGUACAACGUCUGAUGCUGACAUGAUAGACCCCACCUGCUAUGCCCAUUCUGUGGAGUAUGACAUUUCAAAGAACCAAGUCAGAGCUCUCCGAAUUUCUUCUGAUACCUGGUGCUCCUCUGGUUCCUUCCUGAGCAAUGGGACGUUAUUACAAACAGGUGGUUAUGGUAGCGGGUCUCGAAGAAUCCGCAACUUCAGACCUUGUAAAGACCAUCAUUGCAAUUGGAGUGAAUCCAAUAAGUUGUUAUCAAAUGCUCGUUGGUAUGCUACAACUAUAGUCCUUCCCGAACACGAUCGGUUAUUUGUGGUGGGUGGUAAGAGAACCUUCAAUUAUGAAUUCGUUCCAAAAAUGGGGAAAGAGAAGUCGUAUGAUCUCCCAUUCUUGCAUCGGACUUUUAACAAUCGUGAGGGAGGAAACAACCUCUAUCCCUUUGUUCAUCUCUCCACUGAUGGGAACUUGUUCAUUUUCGCCAAUAGAGACUCUAUUCUAUUCAAUUAUAGACGAAACAAAGUGGUGAAGACAUUUCCUCGAAUACCUGGUGGGGGAGCCCGGAACUACCCUGCCACUGGCUCCUCAGUGAUGCUCCCAUUAGAUCAUAGAAACAAGUUUCAAUUGGUCGAAGUCAUGGUAUGUGGGGGCUCUGUUACCGGAGCUUACAGAGCAGCACGACGUGGGCAGUUCAUGAAAGGUCUGCGAUCAUGCGGAAGAAUGGUGAUCACUGGGAACAGACAUAAAUGGAAUAUGGAAAAUAUGCCAGAACCUCGGCUCUUACACGAUAUGCUAAUCCUUCCCACGGGCAAUAUUUUGAUCAUCAAUGGCGCUAAAACUGGUUGUGCAGGAUGGGGGAAUGCAAGAAACGCGUCCCUUCGACCCUAUCUCUACAAGCCCAAAAACCAACUGAACAGAAGAUUCUCAAUCCUGAGAUCAACUAAAAUAGCAAGAAUGUACCACUCAUCAGCGAUCGUUCUCACCGAUGGAAGAAUCUUAAUUGCCGGUGGAAAUACCCAUAAAAAUUACACAUAUAGUAACGUACCUUACCCAACAGAACUCAGAUUACAAGCAUAUCACCCACACUACAUUGAGUCAAAAUACAACUAUCAGAGGCCAAAAAAUGUGACGAUACACUACGCUCGCGGAGAUUACGGCAUCAAAUAUGGUGGAGAGUUCACGGUUCAAUUCAAAUUGGGGAGAAGGAGGAAGGAAGAUGCUAUAGAAUUUAACGUUUACGCCCCGCCAUUCGCGACCCACUCGUUUUCGAUGAAUCAAAGGUUGGUGAAACUAAGGAGGAAGAGAAUGAAGAGAGACGGGAAUGGGGAAUGGAUGAGUGCCGUUGUGGAGGCUCCGCCGUCGGCAAAUGUUGCACCGGCGGGUUAUUACUUGUUGACGGUCGUUCAUGGAGGAAUUCCCAGCGUUUCUCGGUGGAUAAGAAUCAUACAUUCCUAA